GGAACGGCUUGGUUGGCUUCAGAUUCAGAUUCGAUGUCUGACAUGCGCUUGAGGCUGUCCUGUUUGAAUUUGUGCCGGGGUUGUCAACUGGAAGUCAAGGCAGUGGGAAUACGCGGGUGCACUCAGCGCCCGUCUACCACGGGUUCCAGGACGAUCGAAGUGUUCAACCCGAGGGGCCAAGGCCAUGGCGGACAUCCGUCCUUUGGCCCCUUUGGCGUUCGAUGCGGAGAGGACAGGCAAAACUUUGGAUGCGGCUCAGAGCUGGAGCGUGCCCGGCACGCCGCCCGCCUUUCAGGAGCCGGAGCUGAGCCAGGCUUCCAGGACAAGCUUCUUCGGACGGCUCACGGGCGCAGACAUCGAGGCGGAGCUCCAGCGGCAGGCCGUGCUGCUGAAAGGACUUCUUCGGGACAUGGCUGUCGUACGCGACACCGUGUGGCACCUGGCGGAUGAGCGGAGCUUCUUGCCUGCUGCCGCGCAAGAUGCAAAGGAAGCGAUUGACACAGCUGCCGAGCUGCGAGCCAAGAUCCAUGAGCUCGAUGCGAAGGUGCAAUCUCUACCAGUUUCUCAGAAGGAGGACGGCGUCGUGCCCAUGAAGGCCAACGAUGCGUCUCUUCAGGCUUUGGGCAGCCUCGACACCCAUUACGAGGACUCCUACGAGUUGGAAAACCGCUUGGAGGAGCUGAGGCGCGUACUGGAUGGGCGCAUUGAGGAAAGCAGCCGCAAGCUGGAGAGGCAGUUGCAGGAGCACAGGCAGGAACACAGCGGCGCGAUGUCUCGCCUGGAGGAGAACCAUCGUGGCCUUGAGGCUCGCUUGAAGGAUGGGCACCUUGAAAAAAGCAGCUGCCAGUUGGAGAGGCAGUUGCAGGAGCACAGUUCCGCGCUGCAUCAGCGGCUUGAGGAGCACAGGCAGGAACACAGCGGCGCGAUGUCUCGCCUGGAGGAGAACCAUCGUGGCCUUGAGGCUCGCUUGAAGGAGCACAGGCAGGAACACAGCGGCGCGAUGUCUCGCCUGGAGGAGAACCAUCGUGGCCUUGAGGCUCGCUUGAAGGAGUUGCGCAGCCCAGAGGAUUUGCGUGUGAAGGUGGCUGGCUUGGAGGAAGAAUUCAAGGUCCACCGACGGCAGGCAGGUGCCUCGGGCGUCAUCCGGAGCAUCUCGGCGUGCGUGGCGGAGGAGGUGUCCGGGAGGGCAUGCGAAUCCAUCACCCCCAUGCUGCAGAGGCUAGCAAGUGAAGCAAGGGACCGGCCAUCCACAUCGCCGGCAGUCCUUCAAGGGAAGCCGGCCGAGCUGGAGCAAGAGGUGGCAAGCCAAGUGGCGCGCGAGUUGGUGCUGAUGGUCAUGGAUGCGCUGGCAGCUGACACCGCCUUAGCCCUCAGCCCGGUUCGGCGCGCAGAGUGGGAGCUGACGGAGAUGCGGACCCCGUCCCCCGUGCCCGACUGGCCCUGAAGCUGAAACGAGCUGCGCCGCGCGAAUCCCGCGGGGCGCCCUUCCGAUUGCACGUGGCCAAGCCACCGCCCUGACUGACUUUACGUGUGAG